CCGUGCAGAAUCAGAUAAGCGAUAUGCCAAGAGAUCAUUCUAUCUUAUCCCAGAGGCUCACGUCAAAGCACACCCAGUGAAGUGUCUCCAACUCUUCGCAGUAACGCCCGCCGCUCGGGCUUUAAAACGAGCGUCAAUCUCCCGUUGAUGUAAACAACAAGAAGGGUAGUACUAUACUUCAACGGAUACAGAAUAUAUCAAAUGGAGCGACACCCUGAAGGCGCGCCCAUGCACACUGAUGCGGAAUCAAAAUUAAGAACAGGAGAUGUUGGCACUUUUCAUACCAUAUACGAUGCCAACGGGGCUGAGAUUGAUUACCAGGAUGAAGAAAAGGCGAGUAACUGGCUGAAGAGGAAAGUAGACAAGGGUGUGUCAAUGGGUGCUUCAUUACCAAUGUAUAAAAAAUACAUCGAACAUGAUAUGAUUUCAAAGGAUAGACAGAAAACAGGUCGAAGGCUAAACAAAUAUGUACGUAGAUUAUUAACUGUAUUGUUCUGUUUCGGAGUCGCUGUAGGUACAUACAUGGGAUCAACGAAGGUCAUAAACUGGGCAGAAGAUAAGCGCAAGGGCACUGGUGUUUUGGAAAAUACACCAAGUGAAGAUGUUGCGCGUCUACUUCAAACGAUAGAAAGCCUUAGGGUUGAAUUAAACAAAGUUAAAGAAGCUACUUAUGCCAACUCCGUAGCUAUCAAUAGCAUGACUAAUGGUGCCUUCAGACUUCCAGGUAAUGAGGAAGCUGCACCGAAGAAGGCUAAGUUUGGCAAAGGUAAACCUUCGAUUAAUCAAGGUUAUGUUUCUCAAAACUUUGACGCCAAACAAUUUGCAUAUGCCGGGGAUGCACAGGCAAAGGAUGUAGGCACUGAGGUUAAUCUAAACCCUAUAGUGUACGAAGCUGAUAUUCAUUAGCAAAUAAAUAAUGAAAUA